AUCAGUCGCAUAAAAGUGCGAGUAUUCAGUAGUAGUAGUGUGUGUUCUUAAAUCUCAACAAACUUUGAACAAAGAGAAAAAAUGGAUAGUUCAUGGGAGAAUAUCAAUGAUUGUGUUGUUGAUAAUCAGAAACAAAUCACACAAAUUUGGCCUGAUUGGCUUCCCUAUGAUUGGUGCAUUCAUCGCAACGUCCAUUCUUCUGAGACCCAACUGUAUUAUUCCAAUCCACGAGGGAAAAAGUUUCAGUCCCAAAAGGAGGUUAUUCAAUAUCUUGCUAAACAAGCACAGAAAAGAGUCAUCAUCAGGCGAACCAAGAGAAAAAUCAAGAAAUCUAAUGAUAUGGUAGAAAAUAAGGAAUUGCUAGCGGAGAUUGCACCACAAUAUGUUGCUUAUCCUCCACAAGAAUGGCCUGAAUGGCUUCCACAAGACUGGAUUAUUGAGCGAAGUUCCAAAAACCCUACUAAAGUGUAUUACUGUAAUCCGAAAUGGAAGAAAUUUCGAUCAAAGGACGAGGUUCUCCAUCAUCUAGAAACUAAGUCCAAGAAACUAAGGAAGAAGACUAAGAAUCCUGAUCUAAAGAGUACGUAUUUCUCGUACUUCCUCCGUUUCGUUUUAGAUGCAACAAAAGAAUAUUUUAUAUUUCACAAAUAAUACCUCUUUGUUACAUUUAAAACGAAAUGAAGGAAGUAUACUCGUCUUGUGGACAAUCGCUCUAAUUAUAACAAUAUCAAUAUCCUUAAGUAAUGCAAUUUGUAUACUUUUGCAGGUUAGGUGUUUGUAUAUCAAAAAUGAUGCAGCCAUCAUUUGUAGAUUAAACCAAUUUUUGUAUUUUUUAUUUAAAUGAAAUCAUAGGGUUUAAGUUGAUAAGAUUAUAGUAGAUGAUUUCAGGAAGAUAUGGCUAACGGAUAUCGCAUUCAUCAAGAUCGCGAAAAUGCGAGAUUUCAUUACACCUUCAAGAACAUCUUCAAAGAAAAUAAAAAAGGAGACAUAUGGCUCUAUGGGUAUGUUGUAAUGUAAUUUGUAUUGAGGCUCCGUUUGUUAGGGCGUAAAACAUUUUCAGUGUAAAAUGAUUUUCAUGGAAAACACACUUUCAAAAUUAGUUUUCCGUUGUUUGGUUUCAUGUAAGGAACAUGAGAGGGAAAGUAAGGAGGUAGUGAGAAAAGUAUAUAAGAAAGAUAAGGAAAACAAUUUUUCCCUUCAUUUUGAAAGGAAAAUGAUUUUCCAUCAUUGGGGGAGUAAUUUUACCCCAAGGAAAAAUGGAUAUACACUCUUUUGCCCACCAAACAAUAUAAAACUGAAAAAAGAGGAAAACAAUUUUCCAGGAAAACGUUUUACGCCCUACCAAACGGAGCCUGAAUGUAAGGGCUACACCGUAAGGUAAGUUUGCAAUGUAAAGGAGGACAUUUAUCUACAUCUCAUUUUUUGUUUUUCAGAGUGAGAUUUCUUCGAUUACGGAGAUAAUAUACACUAUAUAUACGAAAAAACAUCAUCAUUUGAGAUUU